GGCAAGGACAAUCAGACUCAUAAAGAAUUGAUUUGGUCUUCAAAAGGAAAAGAUAAUUGAUUUUGGUACAUAUUAUAUACAUAUCUUCUAGCUCAACCUUGUGACAUGUUCUUAUGAUUCAUAAUUUGGAAAAAAAAAUUGUGCUCUUCUUUAGUCCGGCCUGUCCAACUUUUUCUUUCAAGCUCCGCCACCGCCCAUCAACCCCGGCCGGCACCGCCCAUCAAGAUAUAGAUCCGUGGGUGGCAGUUAUCGAAAAGCCACCGCUCCCUGGGGUUGCAGAGGCGCCCCUAGACGGGUUGGUGGGAACAUGCCGACGACGGCGGCAUGCUUUCAGUUGGAGCGCUCCUGUUGCUCCAUGGCUGCUGCUCAACCACGAACCAACGCAGCAAAUGCAACUUCCGCCUGCAGUACUUCAGGUGGCUGCUGCACAUCGCCGAACUCCCGAAAAAAGUGGAUCGGGAGCCGCCCGAGUCGCUCCGGAAAAAGUGGAUCUCCAAUCUGCUAUGUCUGUCACAAUCAGAUAACAGCGACGUUUUUUAGACGGGCUGUGAUCAGGUCAGCAAACCGACCUACGUACGUGCCGCGCGGACACUCUAUAAAACCAUCCCAUGGAUCCACCGAUAUCGAAGCCAGUGCCAGCUCGCCACAUCGUUCACAUCGCACACACGAUGCCAUCGUCACCGCCGGCGGCGGCGGCGGCACCACGAAGCCGUCGAUCCAAGAAAAAGACACGGACGUACCACGUGUCGGUGUUCUGGUUCACGCCCGUCCCGCUGCCGGAGAGGGACUGGGCGGAGCUGCACCCGAACCUGAUCUCCUGCAUCCUCCACAAGCUCGACCAGGCCGAGCUCCUGCUCGGCGGCGUGGCCGGCGUGUGCCGUUCCUGGCGGCGGGCCGCCCGGGAAGAGCCGGAGUUGUGGCGCUGCAUCGAUCUCCGUGCCGGCCUGUGGUUCGUCCCGCCGUUCCACCCCAAGUUCAGCCUCGAGGCCAUGGUGCGGGCCGCCCUGCGGCUUAGCCAGGGCCAGUGCGAGGCCUUCCUGACCAACCUCGCCGACGACGAUAUCCUCCUCUUGCUCGCCAAGCAGGCACCUGCGCUAAAGUGCCUCCAUCUCCAUAGGUGCUAUGUCUCGGAUGAAGGAUUUGCGACGGUGAUUAAGAUGUUACCUCUACUUGAGGAGCUCGAGAUUUCCAAAUGUCCGCAAAUAUAUAGUAGGGAGACAUAUGAACUUGUCGCUAGAGCAUGCCCACUGCUAAAGCACUUCAGACAUGUCUCGGGAAAGAACUGCCAUGCUGGUUAUGCGAUAACAUUUGCGGCUCCAAGGAUGCGCAAACUACGUUCCUUGGAUGUUGUCGGUUGCACCUUCGGUAGGGAAGUUCUGGUAGCUAUCCUAGACAAUUGCCAUGACCUAGAGUACCUUAACAUGUCAGUGUGCGACCCUAUUGCCAUUGAUAACCCACCAGAAAAUCUUGCCUGGAUGAGCAUGGAUGACCUUUAUUGGUACUCGAGCAACUAUUACGAUGACUAUACUGGUUGUAACUACUGCUAUCCCUACAAGCCCAGGUAUAACUACUGUCGUCCCUGGUCAUAUCCGCAUUACAAAGACGAUCCCUAUUAUGAUUACUGCUACUACCUUGGUGACGGUGAUGAUGUUGAUGAUGCCGAUCUCGAAGAGUAUGAGAAGAUACUUGACAUCAAGAGCAUGCGUAGGUACUUAAAACUAAUGUAAGGGUGUAUAUAUGUCAAUAAUGUUUCAAUGCUCCAUCUCAAAUGAGUGCAAACUCGCCCAA